GGACAGUUCUUAUUGGUAGGUACGAACCGUUACAUCACCAAGCUUAUGACGCGCCGUCUUCCUGUUUCCUUCAGCUGUGUCUUAAAGUGAAUCUUGUUGGUGGAGGAGAGCUCGAGCAUCAAAGCUCUGCAUCGCGUGCGCCUCGGAGACACACACUCACACCAGCUGCUACGACAUCACCGCCACAGUCUUUCAGUCUCGAGAGGAGAGGAUAGAGGAGAGCGGCGGAAAAUAGCUAUUUUAUGUAUUUUUUUCUGUUCUACGCGCACGCUUAUCACUCACUUUACUCUUGCUCUUCCUUCCCCGAGCAAUUAUAAUAUUCAACGUCUCCCGGGGGAAGACUGCAUAUUCACUUUCAGCAGUAAAAAGGAGCUCGCUUUUCUCUUCAUCUGCGGGUAGUGUUCCUGAUAGGAUCCGGGUUUGAGAAAAAGGACUCUCCAGGAUGCAGUCUGGUUAUCUUGCACGAUAUUGUCUAUACAGGUGUCAUUCAGCAGCGGUCCUAGAGGAGUGGCUUUGUGGGAUAUGGCCCAAUAGCAGCAGCCCGUGAUGCCGGACCAUGACAGCGACUCCCUCCUGAGCAGACAGACCAAGAGAAGACGUGUGGACAUCGGUGUGAAGAGGACAGUGGGCAGCACCGCCGCCAACACAGCAGCAGCUACAACAAGCGCCGACAUUGCCUGCGCCAAAGCAGCCAUCUUCAGUGCCAUGAACUCUCUCAACUCCCACCACCACAGCUCCGACGCAGACUCCACAGACUGCUCCAUGGUGCAGCCACACGGCCCCACUGGGGUCGUCACAGCAACCGACAACGACUCCAAGUCCAACGUGCUCCGGAAGCUCCUGAAGAGAGCCAACUCGUACGAAGAUGCCAUGAUGCCCUUCCCUGGUGCCACCAUCAUCUCCCAGCUCCUCAAGAGCAACAUGGCCAAGAAUGGAGGAGGAGAGAGAGGAGAGAGAGGAGAGAGAGGAGAGAGGGGGGAGAGGGGGGAGAGAGGAGAGAGAAGAGACGGGGGGUUCCCCGGGUCGGGCCUCUCAAGUGGGGGUUCCGAAGCCCCCCAGGAGGACGCCUGCAGUAACUCGUCUCAGGACAGCCCCCAAGAGUGCCUCUCCCCCUUCGGCCGCCCCUCGGCUCUGGGUGCCUUCGACCUAGAGCGCCUCAACGAUGAGCACCUGCGGGCCAAGCGCGCCCGCGUGGAGAACAUCAUCCGAGGCAUGAGCCACUCGCCCAGCGUGGUGGUGCCCGCACGCCAUCACGGAGAGCGGGACCGUGAACGGGAACAACGUGAACGGGAGAGGGAGCGAGAGAUGGACGGGAACAGGGAGAUGGAGAUGGACUGCCCCCCACAGCCGCCUAGCCCCAGGGGAGAGGUGUGCAGCCGGGAGAACAAGAGGAAGCAGCGCCUGCCCCAGCAGCAGCAGCAGAGCUUCACCCAGCUGGUGUGCCAGCGUAAAGAGCAAAAGCAGGAGGAGCGCAGGCAGCUGAAGCUGCAGCUGGAGGACAUGCAGAAGCAGCUGCGCCAGCUGCAGGAGAAGUUCUUCCAGAUCUAUGAUUCCACCGACGAUUCUGAGCACGACCUGGCUCACGACCUGGGCAACAUGUCUGAGGACAGCCCCGGGAGGUCCGAUGCUGGGGGAGAUGACCGGGCAGACCGCUCCGACAACGAGAUGUCAGACCUGGACCCAGGACACUUCCUGGACCGGGCCAGGGCAUUGCUCCAGGAGCAGGCCCUGCUGGCGGAGGGUAACAAGCCCAGGAGAGAGGGGCUGGUUCGGGGGAAAGGUCCUGGUCAGGGUCCUUCCUCCUCCAUGCACCAUGCGGAGGGCAAGCAGCUGGCUGAGACGCUGAAACAGGAGCUCAACUCAGCCAUGAACCAGGUGGUGGACACGGUGGUCAAGGUGUUCGCCAAGCCCCCACGUCCCGCACCCCCCCAGGUCUUCUCGCCCCUCCCCAUGCCCCCAGAGAGGUUCGGGGUCAACGGUGAGGGCCCCAACUUCCACACAGCCAACCAGCGCCUGCAGUGCUUUGGUGACGUCAUCAUUCCCAACCCCCUGGACUCGUUCGGUGGCAUGCCCAUGCCUGGCGCCAACGACCAGACAGAGGCGCUGCCCCUAGUGGUGAGGAAGACUCAGACAGAACACCAUCACCAGUCCUCAGCUGUGGGCGCCCACGGGGGCCACCACCACCCUUCCCUGCACCCCUCCUCCCUCUCUGCCUCCAUGGGAUUCAGCCCCCCGUCUUUCCGCCACCCCUUCCCCCUGCCUCUCAUGGGCUACCCCUUCCCGAGCCCCCUGGGCCCACCCUCCGGGGGUUACCCAGGGAAGGACCACUCCUCCCCAGACUCCAUGGACCUGUCCAGGGAGACCACCAGCCUGCGGACCAAGAUGUCUUCAGUGCAUCACAUGGGGCACCACCACAGGUCGCUCUCUCCCAGCCACCCCGGGAGCACCGCAGAGGGGCUCUCCCUGUCCCUCAUCAAGUCAGAGUGUGGAGACAUGAGCGACAUGAACGACAUCUCACCAUACUCAGGCAGCACCAUUCAGGAGGGUCUCUCCCCCAACCACCUGAAGAAGGCCAAGCUCAUGUUCUUCUACGCCCGCUACCCCAGCUCCAACAUGCUCAAGAUGUUCUUCUCCGACGUCAAGUUUAACCGCUGCAUCACGUCCCAGCUCAUCAAGUGGUUCAGUAACUUCCGAGAGUUCUACUACAUCCAGAUGGAGAAGUUUGCCCGACAGGCCAUCAACGACGGUGUCACCGGGGUGGAGGAGAUGAGCGUCAGCCGUGACUGCGAGCUCUACCGAGCCCUCAACAUGCACUACAACAAGGCCAACGACUUUGAGGUUCCAGAGCGGUUCCUGGAGGUGGCUCAGAUCACGCUGCGUGAGUUCUUCAAUGCCAUCGUGGCAGGCAAAGACGUGGACCCAUCCUGGAAAAAAGCCAUUUACAAGGUGAUCUGCAAGCUGGACAGCGAUGUGCCCGAGGUCUUCAAGUCACCCAACUGUCUCCAGGAGCUUCUACAUGAGUAACCAUCCCUGCUCCGCCUCCGCCCCCCCCCCGAUGCUUUCUGCUUUUUCAGAUUUUCAUAUUUUUAUUUCUUUCCCUAUUCUAUGAUUUUCCUGUUUUUUUGUUCAUGUAUGAAGUAUGAAGUAGCAUUCCGCCCCAUCUGAAGCCUCCUGGCCUGUUCCUAAAUGAUCUAACUAUUGUGUUGUUGUUAUUCCCAUGAUUAGGAUUAUUAUUGGUUUUUUAAAUCAUUCUGCUGAUCUGAAGAGACGUUGAUCCUAUUGGGUGUUUUGGACUGUGUGAACCCUGACCUUUCUGCCCUGAUUGACUAGAAACACUAGGGAGGGGCUUCCCACUAGCCUGUACCCUACCUACUCUAAGGAGGACCCUACAAUCCUAGUGUGGUCACCAAUAGACUUUGGCCACUACACUACAGAGGGGCCCUAUGUUACUGGGGUGCUCAAUAGGCUCACCCCACUGUGCAAGGUUGCUCCCUAAUAGGUGGUUCCCACUACUAUGGCUGUCCCAGGGAGGACAACACACUACACCAUGCUGCCUGCAGCCUAAUGACUUUAUUAACUGCUGGACAAUACUGGACUACUAGUACUGGUCUGGACUGGUAUACUGGUCUGGACUGGUAUACUAGUCUGGACUACUAGUACUGGUCUUGACUGGUAUCAGCCACCUAAUGAGCUCUACCAUGAUGUUUUGAAGUGUGUUUUCUGCGAGUAGGGUAUUGUGUUUAUUGAGUGUAUAUUAUUCUUAUUCUUGUUGUUGUUAUUAUUAUUAUUUGUCAUCAUUGCUUGCUAAAGAUUGGCACAGAUUUGUUUGUCUCUUGACAACGUUACAGAAAAUAAAUUAUUAUUAAUAUUCCGAAAGAGUAUAAAUUCUCUACAUAUAAUUACUUUUCUCUGAGCAAUUUAGGCACAAGCCUCUUUCUCAUUUCAUACCCCCCCCACCCCUGUCUGUUUGUGUGGGUCCAAGUUGUGUUUGAUCUUCUCUGCUGUUAAGCCAGACACUGGCGGGGGAGUAGGCCUCAGUCCUGAGGCUCAAGUAAAAACAGAAGGGGAACAUGAGUCUCAACCCUAGGCUUUACACAAAUAGAAAACAAUGCUGCAAAAUUGAAGAGGUGUUGGUUUGGAAGAGCACAUGGUGCAACCAGUGGCAGUGUACAAAUGCAGAGGUCUGUGGGCAGCGACACACACACACACACACACACACACACACACACACACACACACACACACACACAUGCACAAAUACAUACCACACGCGCACAGAGAAACACACACACAGAAACACGCAGCGUGUGACCUUUUGAGUGCAUUAAGACAGACCGGUUACUGUCUGACUUUAUGACUUGUCAUUGUUUCAAGGCCAUCCACAUCGACUCCAGUGUUGAAAUAGCCCCGCACAUUUACGGGCCAUUCAGUCAGGAUUUCAUCAUUCAUUCAUACACACUACACAGUUGGUGGGACAUGGUAUGUGUGGAUGAAAGGGAAGGCGGUAAUGCUUUAUGUUACAGUCCAAUGAGGAGUGGAAGCUACUUACUGCUACUUCAUUUAUUCCAAAUGAAAGAGAUGUGGUUAUGACCAGGGAUUACAUGGUAUGCAGUGGUGCAUACAUCCCAGACAAACUAAAGUAUAAUUAUUAGCUCAUUAUUCUGUUGUUACCAUUGCCAGGUACUUUAAUACCAAGUAAACAGAGGUCUUUAAUAAAAGUACUGGAAAAUAAAGUGUACCCGGGAAGGCCACAGUUUUCUCUGUGGCUUUUUGCAAUGCAAUUUAUCUCAGCAACAUAAAUAGUCAAACUAUUUCAUUCUGUGAUGAAGUUAAUGACAAGGUUAACUAUGAGAACAAAUAUGAAGCUACUUUCCAAGCAAAUUAAAAGUUUAUAUAAUAUUUUACUACAAAGCACUGUACUAAUAUUUGAUGGAAUUGUAUUUAAAAACAGUGAAACGAAUAGAUAGCUAGGUAAAUAAACAAAUGGAUAGCCAAAUAUUAAAGUGAGGAGAGAUGUAUAUUUUCCAGACCAUGUCAGCUGACCAGAAAAAAACAAAUUCUUUCUAUAGCCUAAAACGGUGGCCUCGAGUCUUACCUUGUCAGCUCACAAGGUCAGGGAAAAACUGAGAGAAUAGAGACACACAGAUGUUCAUUAAUAGUAAUUGUAUGGACACAGACACCUUUCCCCUCCUAUGUCUUCUUCUCUGCAAUAUUCACCUGGCUCAGUGCUAGCUGCUCCUUUCUCCCUGAACAAUGCAAGGUUAGAGGUCACCACUCAGCCUAGAGGGAAAUGAACCUCUCAGAACCAUAAAGACAGAGACAAAAGGGCUCUAUUCAAUCCGUCUGUGGAAAUUCAGCGUUACAGCGUGAUUGAAAUUUAAAGGCAAUGUUCCCGCACUGCAGAUGUCAGCUCAAUAGGAAAUUACCUUUAAAUUUCUAUCUUGCAAUCUGUAACGCUUCAGCAAAACAGAUUUAAUAGAGCCCAAAGACUCAAGACCCAAAACUCACAUGAUCCUCUCAAUUCCAAACAGGCGCAUCUGUAGAUUGUAUACUUAAAGAUUCUGACAAUGAUACAGUAUAAUUCCAUGAGAGUCCCUAUGCAGUUUAUUCAGGUAUUGAUGCAUUCACACAGAAACACCAUUCCUUGAUUCAUACCAGUGAAAUACGUUGACAUUCAACAUUUUGAUCUAGUUGAAUCCUGUUAUCUUGUUUUGUUUGAAGCUACCGGCACUGAAUUUGCUACGAAUACAAUAUAGCAAAUAGUAGUUACUUGUCCUUUGAAGUACAUUCUAAGCACUGAAAGAUCACAUAGGCUACUGUGUGUGUGUGUGUGUGUGUGAGUGUGAGUGAGUGAGUGUGUGUGUGCGCGUGCGCGUGCUGUGUGUGUGUGCGUGCUGUGUGUGUGCGUGUGCGUGUGCGUGCUGUGUGUGUGUGUGUGUGUGUGUGUGUGCUCGCUGGUCAUCGCCCCGACCUCAGCCACGUCGGCUUUGGUUUGGUGUGUCACAAGAUGAAAAGGAGCAGGUUAACCUGCUGACUUGUAAAGGCGGCACAAAGCGCCUGACAAAAGGAGGAGAGAAAGGCGGAGAGCUACUCCCUUCAUUAUGUUCACCCGCAGACACGGUUCUUCUUAAGAUCCAAGUCCUGAGAGCGGGGACGAUGGGUUUGUCUGUGUUUCAAAGCACCAGCCAACGGCUUAAAAGAACCUGUAACACAAAACAAAGGAUAGGAAGGACACUUUUAUCUGAAACACGGAUUAAUAUCUCCCCUCUCCCUUCCCCCCUACAGCCCCACCCUAAGAAGGAGUUCCUGUGCAUUGUGCAGCUGAACAGAUUAUUCCUGACUCUUAUUUCUAAACAGAUUACUGCUGGUUAAUAACAACUCUUCUUUAACUGGAUUAGAAGGAUCUUUGUUUAGGUUUUUCGUUUUGCUUUGUUUGGUUUCAAUUGAUAUCGAACUGCAUAUAUAUCUUUUUUUUUAAAUUGUAAAAUACAAAUUGAUUACAAAAAAGCUAAAAGGAGUGAACUUUUGGGAAGGAUCUCUGUCAGGAAUUGUGUCAUGAAGAGAGAGUUUUGAGAGUAUUUUUUGUGAUUUCUUACUUUUUCCGAUCUGUUACGGGAAAAAGCGAUUCGUUGGUCUCUUAAAAGUAGAAUACAAGCAAUAGAAGUAGUUUGUGCGGGUUUUGUGAAGACUUUUCAUUUGAUUUAUUCGCAGUUUGUGUUGGGUGUGUUUUGGAGAUAAAAACAGACCUGUGUUUUUGAAUCCUUUUUUGGGCGGCAUGAACUGUGAUGCUGUAACUGUACAUGAUGAAGAAGGGAACGAUCGCUCCUGAGUCUAACAUGGCUUGGAAGGGGAGAGCGCGAGGGAGGGACGACAAGUAGAGAGACAGAGAGAGCGAGUGAGAUAUGACAUAGACUCUCACUACAUGCUCUCCAACCUGUCUUUCUCAAAGAACGCCCCGCCAUGCCCUGAAGGGAAUAUAUGUUCCCCUCUGUGGGCGAUGCCCUUCAAUCUGAGUCAGCAUCCCCUUUCUGCUGACAGAACAUGGCGUAGUUGUCCCUUCAUUAUGAUGUCAUAGUUCCCUGUUGGCAGUGGAUCCAGACUGGCCCACACAAUGGCGUUGGUGUCUCCCUCUUUACGCACCAAGAGAGACUUUAGUGAGAGAAAAACUGGAACUUACUGUCCCCAUAGACGACUGGUGUAGGAGUGGAGGGGAAAACACUACUGUAAACAUACUGUACAGCAGUCAGUUACCCUACACUAUGCAUUGUGUCUUUGGGAUAUAAUAGAACUAGUCUAAAUGCUGGGGGUAUACAGAUUUAACAAGAGUUUUAAUCUUUGUGGAAAAAGGGCUAAGAUAAUGUUGAGGUUCCAUGCAUGCGUGUGUGUUUGUGUGUGAGAAUGAGAACCUGUGAACCAGUGAGUGACACAAUUCUCAACACAGAGGCUUACAUUUUGGGAUGGUACUCUCCCCCACCCCUGUGAGUACCAUCCAAAAAUGUAAAUGAUUCUCAUUAACGGCUGGGCGACAUGUGUGUGUGUUUGCGAAGUAAAUUUCCAUUCAUUUUAUGACCUGCUUUAAGGGGGUCUGUUUCUCAAUGGUUUUCACUAGUAGUUUUUCGGGGGGCUCUUCUUUUGUAAAUAUCAAUGACGUGGAAUUUAAAGUGAUAAAUACUGCCUUUGUAUUAUUUAGCAAUAUGUUGUAUAUAGCGUUUUGUUUAUGCUUUUUGUAUAACAUUAUUAAUCAGAUCUAGUGCAGUAAUUCCAUCUGAAAUUGCCAUGGCUCAUAUAUACAGUGUAAUUUGUUACAUACAGAGUUUAGUAAGUUAUAGAAAAAAUAAAAAUCAAAUAUGGCUGAUUUUAGCUUUUUUUCUGUUGUUGUUGGUGUCUAUUUGUCUUGCAGAUUUUAUGUAAUUUAUUGGUUUAAUUUAUCCUAAUUUAUUCAAUGUUGUAUUUUUUUUCAACCAAUGAAGGCUGUACUGUAUUUUAUCAUGAAGUAGAACCAAUCCAAUUCAAUAUUAAGUCGACUUAGAAAAAACAGAUUUUAUCAAGGAUACUUAAGAGCACUCAAUCAAUUCUCAGAAAUUGUUACAUGGGGAUUUUGGCAGCUAAAUUGAACUGGAAAAUGUUCUAAAAGGUACUUUUUGUUUGGGGAGAGGUAGAGGACAUAAAAGAAAAUACAAGUAUUUUUCUUUUUUCUCUCCAGGCUUUUCCCCCUCUACUGUUGUGGGCCUCCCCAAAGACAGUAGUUGAAUUGCCUUUCGUGCCUUCAUCCUCUAUGAACUGAAUGUAUGUGCAGUAUAUAUGCAAGCUUGUGCAAAAUUAUGAAACAUUUAAAUAAAAAUGAAAGAAAAAGAUUA